AGUGUUUUGUUUAGUUAUACCGCUGCUGCUGGUCGUGCUGUUGCUUUACCGACUUUCUGCCUCGUCACCCUUGUGAAGGCGCCGCGUACGUUGUGGUUUGGGCUGGGGAGGCUCUGCCACGCCUCUCUUUCAGUAUCGAUGGGAGCGGCCUGUUUCGACACGCACACGCGCAUACAUACACCUUGACGAUCGCCACUGUCUGUGUGGGUCGCCUCCACUAUUAAAAUAUAGUACCUUCGCUUCCUUCGGUUCUCGAAGCUUUUGCCUUCACAUUUUGUGUUCUCUCUUCUCGAAUUCCACGUUUACCGGCACUGCUGCUCUGUGCGUCGCGUCGCCGUAGUUGACGUGCGGUGCAGUUUUUUAUGCGCUUCGUUGCCGGAGCAGCUCGAAAGCAAAACAUUUAUUUGCGUUGGUCGUGGCACCUCUGCCGGGCACGAUGACAACGGACACGUCACCGGUGAACCACUACCUGCUCUUUGACCGCGCAGAUGAAUUCGAUAGCGACGCCAAGGUGGACUACGCACUGCGGCACCACCGUCUCUUCACCUCAAAAGGCGGCGGGGCCGCCGCGGUGCCGGCGUCGCUGAGCGUAGAGCUAGAUCGUCGCAUGCUCAUUCGAACGUUCGAGGAGCUAAAGAGAGGGGUAUGCUACGGCGACCGCACCUUCCCGGCCACACCGAGCACUGGCAACACCUUCAACACAAACAUCAGCGCCUCCUCCUCGCCGGAUUACUUCAUAUCCCCACAAUUUGAAUCCCAGGGCGACGGCGACGUUUCCAACGCGUUCUUCGACGGCACCGACGACCUCGACGCCAAGCCGUGGGACAACACGACGAGUAGCCAGUCGAACUACUGGAACUGGCCGAUGGAGGUGCUCUACCAGUCUUACCAUUUAUGGAUUGCGCUGGAUUACGGCCGAGACGUCUUCAGCAUUACGCGCAACGGCGUCGUGCUCGUCGACCGCAUCCCCACCGUCGUCGCCACCCUCCUGCAGGUCGUCGAGACGACGCUCUUCGCACGUGAGCAGGACAUGCAGCAAAUACGCCUCUUUGUGGAGGCGAACAUCGCUGAUGAGCAAACCCGCACUCGCCUGCUGCGGCAGGUGUGGGACCCGACGGUGUAUGUCAGCAUCGUCUUGUUGAACGUGCCCCAAGAAGUCGAGCAGGCAGUGCCGUUCGAGGCCGCCCCACCAGAGACACACGCAAAGACAUGCGGCGGCGGAAAUAGCAGUAGCAACAGCAGCGGCGGCGGCGCCCCUUGCAUGCGCCCGCGGCAGCCGCAGCACCCGGCGAUCAUCAUGUACCCGCCGGAGCACCGCCGCUUCACCGCUCUGGAGACCGCCGGCGACGAUGCCUCUCGCUGCUCCGCCGUCACGCUGCUCUCCCACUGCGACGCCCGCGUGCUCUUGGACGAUGGCAGCUUUAUGGACCGCCUGCGCGACCUGUUGACGCGCUACGAGAACGCUUAUCGAGAGCACAGAAGCCCGCAGGAGUGGCCGCAGUCGUCGCUGAGCGCGUCGAUCGAGUACUUAACACGUGCGAUGCCGGACGCCUCCGACGAGUGCAACACCAUCGUCUUUGUCAGCGACGUCGGCACCAUGUCCUCGUCGGACACCCUCACGUUUCUAGAGAGCAUGGUGCGCCGCAAGAGCUUAAUCGUGUCCCUCGUGGCGCUCAAUCGCAUCCUCAUCUUUGACUCGCCGGAGCUGAGUCCGCUGGCACGUUUUCUGUCGGCGGUCGGCGGCUUCGCGGUGCACGUGGAUUACUGGCUGGCGCUGGGGGCACACCGGCUGAACAGCGAGUGGUGUCACAAGUUCGAGGGUGCGCGCUGCCUUGCGCAGCAGGUAUUUGUGCACCUCAUCAAUCGCUUCCCUGUCGCCAGCCCAGGCGCCACGCGGCGCGACCUUCUCGCCGAUGCACUGUGCGAACCUGUGGCGUUGUACGACGGCGACCACGAUCUGCCCGACUUCGUGGCGGAGGCGACGAUGGUGGAGCUGCUGAGCACGACCGCCGCCUUGCGCUUCAACCAGGGCUGGAGCGUGCUCAUCGACUACCACAACGAGACGAGUGCGGCCUCCCAUCUGGCCGCGCGCUACGAUCACGACUUCCACUGUGGCGCCAUCAGCCUCCAUUACGAGAUGAACAUCAACCGACCCGCGGUGUACCGCCGGCUGCUCGUCUCCGGCACCAAGGCUCUCGUCGACCACUUCUGCAAGAAGCAAUGGGACGAGAACUCCACGAGCGUCGUCAGCGAGGGGAGCGGGCACUGGCUGGCCUACUUGACGCUGCUCCGACUGCAGGUGCACCUCUGGAUGAAGGCGGAGCAGGUGCUCAUGCGCAUGGUGAACACGUCGCCGCUUCCGAAAACCAUCGGCCCCAUACCGGACUUGCAGCGCUUCUCUGGCGCAGAAGGCGUGCUGUCAGAGUGGUUUAACACCGCCAUGGCCGUCUCCAUAGGUGUCUUCUUCCGCUUUGAGUAUCUGCCGCCUAGCACGUUGGUCGCACACAGCCGCGCGGCGAGCUUAAGCGGAGCCGCGACGGAGUCCGCUGCUCGCGCAUGCCUGCGUUCUGCCAUGCUGCGCCGUCACUGUUUGGUGGGUCGUGAGGAGGAGCUGACGUACCUGCGGGUAGUGAGGGCCUCCUCCGCCUCCGACAGCUGUCCGCUUGUGAAGGGAGGCGGCGGCAUCGUCACUCCGUCGGCAUCUGCCGCCUUUUCUUUGGUGCAGUUCUUUCCUUUGUACAACACCGCUGCGGGCAACGACUUUGGACUGGCAGGUGGCUUUGAGUGUCGUGUGAGCUGCGUGCUGUGCGACCGCGAGCAGCAGCGGGCGGUGGUGCAGGCCGUGUUGACAGACAUCUUUGAGACAGUGAAAGAGCGCAAUGCGGGGACUGCGCGGAAGGAGAAGUACCUGCUUGUUCGCGCCUCCCACCGCACGGAAAACGAAGAAGCACUACAGCUCGUCAAGGCGAGCUUAAGCCAGCGGCGCAUGCGUAUGCUGACGAGCUACACAGAGGGCAUCAUUCGCUCCUGCGGCGGUGACCGCAGCGGCAAUGGUGAGUCACGCGACGGCUCCACCACGCACUCCGCACUGCUCGAGCAGUGUUAUCGCUGCCCGAUGCUCACCUUUCCUUGGUCGCUGCUGAACGCGUUGUGUUUCCGCUGGAUUUUGGGCUGCAGUGAGUACUACCCCUACCUCACGGAGGAGGCUUUCGGCUUCUUUGUGUCACGUCGCCUGCACGCCGGCUUCGUGCUUGUGGUGUACUACACGACCUCCUUGAAGGCGGUUCUCAUGAGGCGCAUUGGCAACCCCGAGACGCAGAUGGACUUGUGCGUCUUCGACGUACUGGAGGCCCUCCCCGCCACCGCCGCACCGUCUGCGGCCUCACCCAUUUUCAUUCGACGACUCGUCACUCCUUUCAAACGGGCGCGCUCCUCUGUCUGGGCGUACACGCACGACAUCCAGGAAGAUCUCCACAUCGCCACGGCACUCUUCACCUGCAAAGCGUUCUCGAGCAACCAGCCAGGAGAGCGCCGCACUCUGCCGCGUCAGAUGCGCGAGCGCGGCUACACCCCCGUCACCGCACGCGUGGAGUCUCUUCUCCACUACUUGCACUCAAAAUACACCGAGGUGGUGGAGCUGCGCUCACCGCCGUCGCUGGGCGUGGAUGGGUGCGUUCAGCUUCGGGACCGGCUGUUGAACAUUGUGAGCUGCGUCGGUGACCGCAGCACCGUCGUCGCCGCGCGUGCCCUCCACGCCGACUACGCGCAGCUCCUCUCCUCCGGCAAGGCGGUGGUGGACCCGGAAACCAACGUGUACAUCUCCGUCAUAAGCCCUAUGCGCUACAACACCAUACUGUGUGUGCUGAUGCUCGAGUCGGACACCGACGACGGCACAAGGCAGCACACCGUGAAGGUGGCCCUCGCCGCCCUGGACCAGCAGCUGCUGGAGCACACCCUCGCCCAGCAAUACCUUGCCAGCCCGAGCGCGUGCAGCGCCCAGACGAUGACGAGUGCAGCGGCAGCGGCGAUGGCAAAGUCCGUCCCGCCGGAGUGCGUGGCCGACCGCGCCGUUGUGCUUUCGCUGCGGCACCUCCUAACCGUCUUCACAUCCGUCUACUGCGCACGUGAGCUGCUGCGACUCAUACGGAUCGCACCGGACGAAGAGGCCUCGGCGCCGGUGUCUGAACUCGCCGACACCUACCGCCACCUGGGCAACUACGCCGCCGAGAUCGACGCGACACACCUUCUCCACGUCGUGCUGUGGCGCUACGGUGCCGGAAUGAGCGCCGGCUUCAGCGGCAAAAUGCAAGAAGUGCUGAUGGACGUUGUGGCGGCGCACCAGCGGAGUUUUCCAACACACCCGACGCUGUGGCUGCCGCUCUCGAAGCGGGAGCGGUCCGCCCUGCGUGCCACGCUCGAAGGGGUGUCUGUGGGCGACAGCGACGGAGAGGGAGGGGAGUAUGACGACGACGACGGCGACGGCGACGACGGCACGGAGGAGGACCGCGACGACGACGGCGACGGCGGCGAGCGCAGCGGCCACGUCCGUCUGGACCUGCUGCCGGUGGCGGUGAAGGUCUGCGCGGUGUUGCAGGCGUCCUCUGUCCGCAAUGCCGACGGCGACGAGGCCGAGGCGCCUGGGCAAUGCUUGUGGAUCUCCUCGGCCUCGGCUUCUUCGGCUGCCUCUAACAACGCACUCCGGGAGAACACGCUGCGCGACAGCACGCCGUGGUUCGUGCCCUCUGCCGCAAUGCCAGCAGAGACCUGCACCCUGAGCGACGCGACGGUGGGGGCGCUGACCGACAGGAACGCGCCCCCGACUCGCCUCCUCCUCCGCGUCUUCCUUAAAACGGUGCCCAUCGACUUGCUGGAGCUAUGCAAGGACGAGUCUUUCUGUCCACCGCAGUCUGCCGUGCGUCGCACGCUGCGGCUGCUGUUUUAUCGCUUUACCGCUGAGGAAGGGCCGGUGAUGGUCACCGCCGCCAACGCCGCGUCGAAGCCGCUAUCGUCGUCAUCCGCACCCGCAUCGGCGCCUUCGCACAUCACACCGAGUCAUCGUGGCACCGCCGAGGAGGCCGCCGGCUCCGCCCUCGACCGGCUCUUCGCCCAGCCCGCCGCCGCGCCGUGGGACCGCCGUCGCUGCGACGACGUCUUUCGCGACUGCAAUGACUUUGGGUCGCUGCCGGAGUACGUGGAGAGGUCGAUGCGCGGCAUUACGAGUCGGCUGGCGUGGCGCAUUGCGACCUAUUGUCUGCAGAGUGCGUGCUGCUGCACGUCCUUUACACGCUUGCAGUCUCUCGUGAUGACGGGCCGACACGGCGGCAGCGACGAUGUCGACUCUGUUGCUUCGUCAGCAAACAAAGAUGCCAGUGCAAGUGCGCUAAGGCAGCGAGAUGCGAUGCUUUCCCACGCCGCUUCGCUGGCCACGCAAAACGUGCGCGACGACACCGGACUUCGUGACCUCCUGCGUGUGGUGGUGACACCCGCACUGCUCAGCUCCCGCCGCUUCAUCUUCUCCACCUUCCCCAUCGAGUUUACGCAGCACGCGACGACGUUUCGCAGCGUGGACCCGGUGGCGGCCGCGCAGGACGUCUUUCGUCGCUGCGUCGACGAGGACUGGAUGUGGGUGCUGCCCACCACCCACUUUGCGUACAUCGUGGUGCCGAACCGGCUGUACUUUGGAAAGCGCUGGGUGCUGGUGCAUGUCGAGAUGCAGCUGAACCACACCAUUAACCGCGCCAGCAUCCUGUGCUACGACGCGGACGACAACGCGCGGCAGGAGACGAUGCGGGCCUACAGCAAACGCCUCCGCGCCCACGUCUAUAACAAAAUCACACAGGUCAGCCAGCUGCACUUGCUGAAGCAGCUGCGUGACACGCAGAACGCGAGCGGGGAGCUGAUUCCGCCCGCGUGGGGGGAUCAGUUCAGCCAGGGCAGCCCCUCCAGCGGCGGCGGCUACCGGGGCAGCAGCAGCAGCGGGGGCAGCGUGAAAGGAACUUCCGCACUGAACGACGACGAUGCCCCGUUGCCGGCGCACGCGGGGCGGGCCUCGUCGUUCUAUCUCCGGGGAUGCAACGUGUUGGAGGUUCCCAUCUACUACAAACUGCAGCAUCAGUGCAAGAAGAUCCUCUCGCGGAUUCAGACUAACAGCUCACGGCUGGAGCUCAUCACCAUCUACAACCGCGACCAGUGCUUUGUGGUGGCUGAUGACGAGGAGGGUGACACCUUUCAUUACGUCCGACUGGUGUUUGUGAAGGAUCUGGCGAACACCGUCUCCGUCGCAACGCGCUCGCCGCUACUGACGUCGUCGGAGCGGUGUCCGCAGCUGGUGGUGCAACUGUUCAGCGCCACAAGCAACGCAAAGGUGCAGCGGCCACUGCAGAAGCUGCAGGACUUCUGUUAUUUCCUCGCGGUUCAGGAGCUGCAGGGGCACCUCAACUACGUGCAGCACAAAAUGAUCUCCUUCAACGACCUCGUCUUUCUGCAGAAUCAACGGUUGGAGUCGGUGUUGGUGGAUCUGCGCACCAUCUUCAACCAUUCGCCAACCUCGAGCGCGUCAGACGGUCAAGCAGCAGCCUCGUUCUCCUCCUCCUCUGCUUCCAAUGCGCGCGAGCGGGCCCGGCAGGCGGAGAUGGCUCUGUCGCUGCUCUUUCUCAACCUGCGCGAGUACAAGUUCAAGCCCUUUGGUAUUCAGGACGAGCCGACGCACGCGACGAGCAACUUCGUGGAGCACUACAACCUGGAGAAGAGUCUCAAGUUGGAGUCGACAAAGGAGGCGGGGUCGAAUGGAAACGGUGGAGGUGCGGACGGAGGUGGCGGUGGUGCGAGUGGUGUGGGCGGCAACGGCACGCGCAUACGCAUCUGGCGCUUUGUCAAGAUUGUCGAGGGCCCGACGGAUGUGCUUGUGUCCUGCUGCCUCCUUGUCAACCCCGCCCACCCCGACGUGAUCGUGCUGGAUCGCUACCUGACCAAAAUCCCCGCGGAGCGGUACAUUAACGGUGACUCUGAAAACACAAUCCUCGCCCACCUCAGCCACUGCGUGGAGGAGACGAUGGCGCAGCUGCGUUUCUUCGCUUUUACCGCGCCCGGGCAGCCCGCCUACCCCCUCGUCCGCUCCACCUUGCGCACCACCACGAGUGACCUCUUACACUUUAGUCCCGCCGCCUUUUCGAAGGACUCCUCGGUGCUGCGCUUCCAUCACUUCCCGCUCGACAACGUCAAUCCGACCGUUUUGCCGAUGCUGGUGGACCGCCUGUGUGGGGCGCUGGCGAACUACGCACCGACGUGCUUCACCUACGCGGCUGGCCAUGGUAUCGCCAAAGGCGUGGUCCACGUGCCGGGAUUUUCGUGGCAGUGGGUCGAGGGCAUUCAGAACGACUCCUUGGCGGACCACCUAGAGCUGUACAUAACGUGUGGGUACACCGUGAUGGACUCACCCGAAUCGACAAGCGGGCUGCCCCCCACGCGGGUGGUACCGUACGUGGUCCCGGGCGUGCCCAUCACCGCCGUCACCACCGGCGAGUCACAGAUGUCGCUGCUGGGCGAGUAUCAGCUCUGCGAGGGCGGCUGCCCGCUGCUGGACUACCGCAUCCUCGUGUCCAUCUCGCUCACGGACGGCCUCUCCCUCGCCAUCUUCAACCUGCGCGACACGGAUUACAUCGUGCGCCUGCUGGGCUACGUGGUGCAGGAGAUGGCGGAGAAGUCGGCGCUGAUGGAGGACGUGCUGCUGCAGCGCCUGGGCUACGCCAUUCCCUCCUCCUUUAACGAGGCCGACCUCGCGCGGAACUGCUGCGGCGAUGACACAAACGUCAUCCGCUCGAAGGCGCUGCGCAUCAGCUCCGACGUGUACCGGCGGCGCGUGAACAACGUGCGCUUCCGCGUACGACCCGACGCGGCGCACGACGAGCCGCUGGUGGUUAUCCUGGAAGGGCUGUACAACCGCGGCCUCAUUGUCAACUACGACUUUGCGGUGGAGGACGCGAUGAAGGUGCUGUACGACGAGUGCCCGCAAUACACACUGCCGGAGUGCGUGCGCAUCCUCGAUGGCCUCAUCGCGACUCGCCUGCUGACUGAAGAUCCACAAAGCGUCUUGAAGCCGCAGAUGUCGAUUCUCGCUUCGUUGCCGCAGAGCGAGCAGCUCAAGUCGGAGGCGCGGACGUGUCGGCUGACGGAGACGACGGGGGUGCCGGCGGACGCGCUCAUCGCCUGCGGCUACCACCGCCACAUCUUGGCGGCGCACAUCAUCGUGGAGGCGCAGAACGCGCGAUCGGGCGUGGCAGAGGUGCUAGCGAGGUGCGACGCGGUCUGGCGAGCUGGGCCGCAAAACAACGUACUGGAGCUUGCGAAGGCCAUUGUGAUGCUGCAGCUGAAGAGCAAAGAGGUGUUUGGCGCGCGUGUGGCGGAUUUCUCGCUGCGGCGGGAGCGGUGGCGGCACGAGGACGAUGUGUUGGACCCGACGUUGCCGACUCAGACCCAGCAGAACAUGAGUUACUCCCGCUCCGUCGACGCCUCGCUGCAGAUGUACAUGGAGCACCUCCGCCAGCUCUACCCGUCCAUGUGCGUCAUCGACCUGGAUCCCAACGACCCUCUCACCACCUCCGACGACGUGCUGCUGAACCGCCUGCGGUGCCGCUACGGAAAGGUGACGAACGAAGCCGGCGAUGUGGUGCUCUUCAGCCCCCACCUGUACUACGCCGUCAUUCCGUUUGUGGACCUCCUGCGCUGCCCCGACUUUUACGCGCGUUACCACCUGUUGGUGGAGGCUUUGGGCGAGGAGGUGGUGCAGUCCCCCAUCACCACCGGCGGCCUCUUUAUUAUCGAGGUGGGCUUCCAGGUAGUGCACUACGCGCUGGACUUCUUCGUCAUCAGUGGGAACGACGUGUCGCCCGGGGUGACGGCGAAGGUGGCCGCCGACUUCAAGCAGACGCUGCUCUUCGAAAGCGUGCUCUACGACGCGGCGGUGCGCGGUCUGGCGCAGUGCAUGCGUGCCCACUCCGUCGUGCUGUCUGGUCAGCAGAAGACGCACACGGCGGUGGCGAACUUAGUCAAGUACCACCCCUUCCCGCCCAUGUAUUGCGGGGACAUCGUCGCGGCGUACACUAUCACAGACCCGCGGGUGAUGCGCCUGAAGAACUUAACGCCGGGUGGGACGGCGAACAACGGCGACCUGCACGUGGGCGCUGACGGCGUGCUGUACCUCUCCCCGCAGAAGCACAACCUGCUGCAGCGCGAGCAGACGAACGAGAUGUACACGUACUGUGGCCUCAUUGUCUGGGAGCGGGCACAGCUCUUCGUCCUGCUGACGAACACGCGCGACGUGAACAAGGCGUGCCGCGGGCCGAACCGGGACCUCUCGCAGCUCGUCCUCACGGCGAAGAACUUGCUGCUGAGCCAGCUGCUCGACAGCACGCAGCAAGAGCGGCUCGACGUGGCGUGGGCGAAGUUUCUCUACGGCGGCCGUCUCACCCCCACCUGGCGCGGCAACUCGGAGCGAGAGUGGCCGAGCUACGACGAGUUCGAGCUGCUGCGGGGGCACUCGCACAAGAUUGUGCUGCACUCCUACGUGCCGGUGCUGCAGAUGAUCUUGGAGCCGAUGGAGUGGACCGGCGACUCGCGGCGGCUGCGGGCGGUGUGUGGGCAGCUCUUUCCAGAGCACGUUCUGUUCGUCAUUGGGCGUCAGCGGGGGUCGCGCGAGGGGCAGGUGGACACCGCCGCCGCCACGCCGCACACGCGCCACGGCGACCACCAUUCCCCAGCCAGCCUCAACGCCCUUCUUCUCGCCCACGGCUCCGCAACCGGGCCGCCCACCGUUGGCGGCUACGAUGUGCACCGCCUUUUCAUGUCGCGCUGCGUCAGCGGUUGGUUCGUUGUCACCUUCGCAUCUGGCAAGGGUGACGAGAGCGGGUGCUUUCUCGCGAUGGAGUGCUUCUCGGACCCGCGCCGGCCGUUUGGCGCCAGCAUCGUUGUCGAGGAACUCAGCCUCUACUGCAAGCCGUCGCGUACGCCGCAGCAGCACAGCGUCAUGACCUUUCUCAGCGAGGAGGAACAAAUGCUAGCUGAGCGCUUUGUGCGGUUGAUCAACAGCGCUGUGUGGUCGAGCAUCGUGCCGUGCACUUCUCAGUUUAUGGUCUAA